AUGUCGGGAUAUUCAAAUAAUCCUUUCAUCAGCAACACGCCUUCAUCAUCACCGCAGAAGACGCGAGAUACUAACAGGGUGCUUAAACGACCGUUUGGCAGCUCUUCCUCAUCCCUGUUGUCUUCUCCAAUUAGACAGGGAAGGUCUGCUGGCAAUGUUGUCUAUGCGGAUCGUUUCAUUCCCCACCGAACCGGAAUUGACUUGAAUGCUUUGGUUUCCAUUGCUAGUACCGCGAAUCUUCCCCCACUCGCACCAUCUGUCAAUGAUGAUCAGCUGGAGUUGCAGAAGGAGAUUCAAGCACAUGAAACCUUCGACGCUGUAUUGAAGAAUGAGCUGUUCGGCGAGAAGCUGGUGCGGGAUACGGUCGGCAACGAGAGCAGCAUAGAGCGCAUAACAAAUACCAGACCUCCUACAGUUGAUUUUCAAGGGCAUUCUGAUCAGAGGAAUGAUGUGCAGGAAGAUGCUCCGUUCGGCGACCUUGAGCUUAAUUCAGGCCCGGCUACACCUCGUCGGAUUCAUACACGUAAUGAUGAUCACAGACCGUCCAGCAACUCUCUUCGAGGUGCAAGCCUGCUCACUUACACUGAAAGCAUGGGUGCGAGGCCAUCCACUGCAUCCCUAAUACAAUCUCAAAUACAUGACUCUCUAUCGCCAGUGCGCCCCGAUUCGGAGAGGUUCCUUCAGUGGCCAGGUAAGAAGUUUAGAAAUAUCGUGAAGAUUCCUUACCGUGUAUUGGAUGCGCCAUCGCUUGCGGAUGAUUUCUACUAUGACCUAGUCGAUUGGUCGUCUACCGACAUGCUCGCCGUGGCUUUGGGAAAAUCGAUAUUUCUUACAGACAACAUUUCCGGCGAUGUUAUUCAUCUAUGCGAUACCGAGAACGAGUAUACAAGCUUAAACUGGGUGGGGGCGGGCUCUCAUCUAGCUGUAGGGCAAGGAAACGGUUUGGUCGAAAUUUACGACGUCGUGAAGAGGAAGUGCAUCAGAACUUUAUCUGGACAUAUAGAUCGUGUGGCUUGUCUUUCGUGGAACAAUCACAUUUUGACGUCAGGUAGCCGAGAUCGGCAUAUUUUGCAUAGGGACGUUCGAAUGCCCGAUUCCUUUUUCGAACGUAUUGAGACUCAUUCGCAAGAAGUCUGCGGUCUCAAAUGGAACAUUGAUGCUAACAAACUGGCAUCUGGUGGAAAUGACAACAUGAUUUACGUAUAUGAUGGAACAUUAUCAUCACCGGUUUUGAAAUUUGAGGACCAUACGGCGGCCGUUAAGGCCUUAGCGUGGUCCCCACACAAACGAGGUAUACUGGCAUCUGGUGGCGGCACGGCAGAUAGACGCCUGAAGAUCUGGAAUGUGAAUAAUGGAACAAAAAUCAACGAUGUAGAUACCGGGUCGCAAGUCUGUAAUAUGAUAUGGUCCAAGAAUACAGAUGAGAUUGUGACCUCGCAUGGGUACUCAAGGUAUAAUUUAACAUUAUGGGAUUAUCCUACGAUGGAUCCAGUUGCGAUAUUAAAAGGACAUAGUUUCAGGGUAUUGCAUCUUACUCUAUCAGAUGACGGUACCACCGUAGUUUCAGGCGCAGGCGACGAAACUCUGAGGUACUGGAAAGUAUUCGACAAGCCGAAGACAAAGGCUAAGCCGGACUCCUUAAUAUUUGAGUCGCUUGGUCGAAUAAGAUAG